AUGGAUGACACCCGCGUUAAAAAACGAUUGAUCAAAGACAAAAAGCCUUCCAUGGUAACCUGGACCUCUGACGUCAUUACAGACUUAAAGUCCGAAAUGACUGUGCUGAAAAAGCGUGCAUAUUAUGCGAACAAGGUGCAACAUCUAAAAUCUAGUGACUCCAGAAAAUGGAUGGACUGCGUCAAUCAGAUGUCCGGGAUAAAGAGAUCUGCACCCAAUAACAUCAAGAUUGUUAAGAAUGGUACCACUCUAUCUGGUAAAGUACCACUCUAUCUGCCUAUCUCCCUGCACCUCAGCCCAUACCCAAUUUUUUUCCCGAUGAAGUUUGUACCAAGAUGCUCAAUAUAAAAGUUUUCAAAUCCAGCGGUCCUAAUAAUAUUCCUAACCGGAUUAUUAAAGAUUUUGCCUGUGAACUGGCAGAUCACAUCUUUAAAACAUCCCUGUCCACUGGUGAAUUUCCUAAUAUUUGGAAAGAUGCGUUAAUUACACCAAUUUCUAAAGUGCCAUCUGCAUCUUGUGAGGACGAGUUGCGUCCAAUUUCACUUACAGCCUCUUUGUCUAAAAUCCUUGAAAACUUUGUGGUCAAUUGGAUGAUGGAUGAUGUAAAACUUAAAAUCGACCCACAGCAAUUUGGUUGCUUCAAAGGAACUUCCACAACUUUUUGUCUGAUCGAUAUGAUCAACAAUUGGUUAAGAACAUUGGACAAUCAAUCGACGUAUCUACGGAUCUGUUUUCUCGACUUUAGCAUUAAAGCGUUUGAUCGCAUUGCCCAUAAUAUCCUGGUCUCAAAGCUGUUGUCCCUUGGUGUUAGAAAAUCACUUAUCCCAUGCAUGGAUAUGCAGCUUUCUCUCAAAUCGCCGUCAAUCGGUAAAGAUCGAUAACUUUCAAUCCGAUUAAUUGGGGGCUCUGUCAAUGCAGCUGUUCCCAAGGAACCAAAUUGGGCCCUAUAUAUUCAUUAUUAUGAUCAACGAUCUUGAACUGACAUCCUCCAUUGGAAAUACGUUAGCCCGCGUGCACAGUGGCGGAAAUCUUGGGGGGCGGGGGGGGGGGGCGCCCCCCCCCCACCUUCACGGAAAAUUGAUGAAUUUUCGGAAAUUUUGACCUAAAAGAGGGCUAAAAACAGUCUUUUCGAGUGCAAAUGGGGGGUAUGUCGGAAAUUUGAAAGUUUUGUCGGAAAUUUAGGAGGCUCUGCCCCCCCCCCCACCACCACCACCAGAAAAAGUGAAUUUCCGCCACUGCGCGUGCAGGCCCACCGAGGGACGAAUAGUGGGCCUGCAUAGUGCACGUUUGGGCCGAAAAUGGUAGCAAUUUCCGCACGCAAUACAAAAGUAUACAAAAUUUGCGAACUUUGCAAGGCUAUAUAUUUCCACAUUUCACAACAUUUCGCAACCAAACUCUGCAAUUUACUCAGCUCAUUUUAGUGUGCUCUUAUUUCUAGCUGUGGUGAUUUAUUUGCAUCUCCUUGCAUGCUAAGUUUUAAAAUUAGUCUAUAAUGGGAAUUGUCUAUUGACGAAUGAGUAUAGGCGUAGAUGAAACCAGACGGCCAUUUUGAUAAAUAUCAUGUUGGUAAUCUUAUAAAUUACCUUUACUAGAACUUGCUUCAAUGACGUCACAAGGUGGACCCUUAUAAUCCGCCCCUGAAUUAUAGUAUCACUUCAUGCAUGUUAUAGGAAAUGGUGUUAAGUUAAACGUUACUCUGCUCUUUGAGGCAUAAGUACGCUUGACCACCAUAUUGUAUUUUGUGCCAAAAACGGAAAGAUAGAGAUAUUCAGUAAGUACAAAGUAAGAAAAAGAAUGGGCUAUAGGCUGCUCUGGAAUGUUUGCGCGUAGUUAUCAUGCACUUGGGUAUCUACAAAUAACUUUUCUUCUUUACUACUUUACACGCCCUUCUCCUGAAAAUUAUGUGUGUGUGUGUGGGGUUAAAUUGAAUUUAUGGAACUCAUAAUCUCUCAACAUCAUUCUCAAGUCAUCUAGCUUGAGGUAUAAUUUUUCAGAUUUCGCCCAACUUUUGUAAAUUAUUGCACUUUGUAUACAGUAUUAUACUAGAAAGUGAUGAUUUCAACUUGUGGUAGCAUUUACGCAUGAGCAGAACAACAAAAGCUUGUCAAACUUGUUUUUACCAGUUUUUCAUUUUAUGAUCUGCACGACGAUCAUUCUUUUGCUUGCAGUGGUUCCUCCUCCCCAAUCAGCUCAGAAACCACUGCUAGGCCGGCCACGUCCAUAGUAGGGUAAUAUGGACGUGGCCCCUUAGUAGAAUUUAUCAAGCUUCUAUACUCUUUUGCUAUAUUGUUUCUAGCUGUUGCCUUAUUGGGAUUGGACAACAGAAUUUGAAAAAGAUUGUUUGAUUGAAAACCCAUACUUUGUUAAUGAUGAUGUUAUGACAGAGGAGGAUUGUGAAGUGUGUAAAAAAAUCUCUGGUGCGCGACUAAAGAAUGUCAGCCAAGAUGAAAUGACAAAUCGUUAUCUUUUCAAUGCAAUUCCAGUCGUUGUCACUGACGCUACCAAUGAUUGGCCUGUUGAUAUUCAAACUUUUGAUUUGGAUAAUCUAAAAGAGGUAUUUUUUGUUUUAUAAUUUAUAAUUGCAGUUUUAUAAUUAUAAUUCCAAAGUUUCAUUGAACCUUUGCCGUAUUGUUAUCAGUAUUAAACCGCGGCCAAAAUUAAAGUAAACUGGUCAUACAUUACAUACAUAUAUUGAUCAGCACAUUCAACAUGUGAAACAUAUCUUAAUUACUUAAACAACUGUGGAAAGACUUCAAAGUUGACCGAAAAACCUCGUAUACUGUAUGUAUACCACAGAUUUCAACAUCCUUACCCCAAAUAUUUCCGGCAGCACUCAAAGCUUACUUAUGCUAUACUGCAUAUACGGUACAAUGCAAAGGCUACAACCCAGUGACGCAUCCCUCCACCAUUUUAGAAAUUAUAUAAGACUUCUGAAUCAAACUCUAAUAAAAGUUGCAGUGGUAUGACAUCUUUCUUGUCCCUCUCACGUCCUAUCUUAAUUAGGUUGGUCCACGUGCCUUUGCAAAUUGUUAUUUUAUCCACAUUUGAUAAACGAUCGUCGGAUGAAUCGAACCUCAAACAAGCCGUGCCACAGAAUUCUGCACACUUAACGUCUAACUCUACGAUCGUCAACUUUGCACGGACAUUCGUUAUACUUAGGCUUUGGAAAAGUCGUUUGUUGUCUCCGAAGUUGAAUCUUGCAGCAAAACUAGUUCCAGUGAAGUGGAACAAGCCAACCCCGAUUUCGCAUUAAAAAUUUCUUAGCACACUCCCCCCCCCCUCGUAGUUUAUAAACAAGCUUUCGUUGGUAGGGAUGGAACUGUAGCUGAAAAAAUAUAAGGAGAAUUUCGACGUUUCGAGUGAAGGCCCUUAUAAGGAGAAUUUCGACGUUUCGAGCGAAGGCCCUUCGUCUGGAGUUACUAUUUAACCUGUUCUAUCAACUUCUCAAUCGAUUCCUUAUCGUCCGUAAUUCAGUGAUUUCACCAUUAAAUAUUAGUGUAGAAUUUCCACAAUUCUUUUAAUACGUAGCCGAACGACAGCACCGCGCGCGCAUUGUCUGUGCUCAACAAAUUAACUUCACUGGUUCGAUCCCAUUUUCAAUCUCAUCGUUCCUUAUUGAAUUUCAAAUUUCAUUUUUCUCCACAUAAAUCAAUGUAUAUUAUGUAUACGAGGUAUUUUCUUUUAGAAUUAUACAAUCCACAAUCCAAUCGCAAUUUAAGCUGUUUGAAUCAAAGAAGAAUUAGUUUCUUUUUAUUCCAGAUCUAUCUGGAUACCAAACUUUCAGAACCAGAACGUUAUUGUACAUUUGAUGCAUUUAAUCCUGAGAUUGAGUCUCCUCAUCAGUUAUUUGCUCUUGUGGAAGAUCAAAAGUUGGACCACUGGCAAGGAUACUGGUAAAUAUAUUACCUAUAUAUAUCUUAACGUGUGAUAUAAUAUCCGAACGCAGCUAGAAAUGCAGUUUCGCGGCAUGGAUAACCCCACCCCAUCCCCAAUUGCUAUAUUCAGUCGAAUUAAGCCUGGUUCACAUAUAUGCAUGCCUGCGACGUACCGGCGACGAUACAGGUGGUAGCUUUAAAACGUAAAUUAUGUGAACAUUUGUUCGCCGAUUGCCGCCAGUGCCUCAGUUACAUCGGCGGUAUAGGCCGGGAAAGUUGAGUUCAACUUUGCCGGUAUUUUGGCGGCAAGUAGAGGCAUAAUGAUACAGUCGCAGGCAUAUGUGAACCAGGCUUAAGCUACCAAAUACUGUGGAUUCGCCCCUUAAUAGUAUGUGUUUACUUCAGCCCAAAGCCGGUAUAUCAUUGCUGUGUUUCUACAAUGGAUAUUGGUGGUAAUAUUUCUACAGCACCUCUCUAUAUCUUGGAUCUCUGCAUGAGUUCAUAUUUGUCGAGUUAUAUUGUUUUAAAACCUCCUCUACACAUGGGUCAGAAAAAUCGUGAAGAAUUUUCACACGUAUAUAAAUCGUCCAUCGUGGGGAUAUAGAGAUUACUUCAUGGAAAUUUCUACACUUAUACAAUGUUUGUGUAUACUGUGUAUCAAAACGGGAAAUCGUUUCUGUUUGAAUUAAUCCUAAAUAAGAGAGAGCCCUAUUGGCUAUAUCAGGAAGCUGAAGAAAGUAUUAAAUUUUGUAGACCUAACAGUAUUAAAUUUUGUACGUAUUUAAUUUUGCAACCUUAUUUUUCAGGGAAAACUGUGAACCAGCGACAGCAAAGAGUAUUCGGAAAUUUUAUCGACGACCGUAUUUUUUGCCUCCAAUGGCUGAAGCUGCGACAGAAAAUUGGAUCUUUGCAGCGUAUGGUAGUGAAAAUAAUGAAACCAAAAUGCAAUGGGAAUAUGUAAGAUAUUAUGUAAAACUAGAAACACAUUAAUGCACCCCUUCGCCUGGUAUAUCUCCGAGCCAUCGGCGGCCCGGGCCGAGCUACAGUGCUAAUUCCGCUCGGCUAUUCAUGCCCGAGAAAAGAACAGCAAGCGGAUUUAAAACAAUAAAGUGCGCCUGUGUGAAGUUUGUAUAAUCUAUAUGAGUUCGAGUUGAAAUAACGUGUUCGAGUUGAAACAUCGAGAUGGAUUUCAAACUUCAAAUUUCACGAACAUAUAUUUAAAAAAUAUUGUUAAAACCUGUAACAGAUACAUAUAUGGUCUGCUUACCAUUGUCUCACUUAGGCCUUAGCGGAUACUAUGGCGUGUUUAUCAGGGCUCAUGCACCUGCCGAGAUGAAAUUACAUGCAAUUGUUAGCGCUUGCAAACUUCUAUAUAUUCCAGUCUUGCAACACCAAUGUUUUAACGAUUUUGGUAUUUUUCUUCAUUUACUUGCAAGAGAAAGAAUUACUUUAGGAACAUAUUUGUACUUGUUUGCAAAAUACGAAAUUCGGUUUCUCCGGGCUGGUGAGUUCAUAUGAAUUUUUUUCAUAUAUAGGUCAGUGGUCUCGGCUUGCUUACAUGCAUGUACCUGUGACAAUCCUUAUGAAAUCAACAAUAUUUAUAUUACAUUAAGCAUAGUUUUUCACCCCAUGAUAUUUUUUUUAGAAAAUAAGAAAAUUUAAUUUCUGCCAGGCCUAUAUUAGUUAUUUUAUGCAUAAUUGGCAAUUUACCUGGGGCGGUGCAUGGUCAUUUUCUUGUAAAAUAUUAUACUUAGACAAAUUUUUCUUUCCAAUGACCACCCCUAAAAGCAACCCUUCUAAACACUAUUAGCACUUCAGUAAGGCUAUAUCGCUUUGCCUUUUCGGAAGUUAGAGCUAUGUCGACACUGCCGUUUCAGGGCGGAGUCAUUUUCAGGACUUUCGUCCCGGAUUCAGGUUUUGGCACAUAUGCCAUGUUGACCGCCAUGGUCAUUUUACCUUAAAACAGUUGAGAUUACUUGUGCUAAAUGAAACGCAUACAAACUCAUAUACAGGUCCUAGACUACCCGGUAUAAGCGGGCUGGUGAGUUCAUAUGAAAUUUUUUUUUAUAUACGGUCAGUGGUCUCGACUUGCUUACAUGUACCUGGAUCUAACCAAGUAGGGUUCGAACCGUCCUCUUCCUCAUAUCAAUUUUACAGUAAUGUUACACGAGGCCUAGAAUAGAGGUAAGAAAGAUGUUUUGACAAGCAGGCUCUAUAUACGAAUAAGCCCUUGUUGUUAAUUUUAUUAUAUAAUAUCUAAACAAAGCGUACAUGUUACAUGCGUCAUGAUAACGUAUAUAUACUACUUCGAUAUGUCAUUAUACUUCUAGACUAAAUUUUAAGUCAGAAUUCUAUUUAAAAGAUGUCAUACCUAAAACACGACGGUUUUAUUUUGUCUUAAUUUCUUCAGAAGAAGUCAUUUAAUGAUGAAGCUCGCAGCUGUUUCAUCAACCUGAUAUUUAUAUAUUUGCUGUGAACGUAUUAUUCUUUUUUCAGGAAUAUUUUUAAAUACCUUGGUCAUACUCAGUGUUUGGAGAUCUGUGCAACAUUGAAAGAAACUAUUUUAUUUCAUGAUAAUGGUUUUGUCCUGUUUCGCUUUGCUUGUGGUUUUAACUAAUCAUCCAUUAACGGCUCUUAUCGCGAUGUUAUGGUUGAUUGGAACGUUGCAUGAUGUAUACCCUAGCUGGGUGAAUAUUUCCUGAAGUUAGGAACUAUAACUAUUUCACAUUGAUAAGACUUUACUCGCUCUUUUGGUGACGAAUUUUGAUAUCGAUAUGACAGCUUGUCAAUUAUUUAGGAACUCUUUCUGUACCGUUAAAAUGAAAAAUUAAAUAAAUAGAUAAGAAAGAUAGUCUGGCCUAAUAGCCAAGUAUAACUUAGCAUAAUACUUCUGCCUCGUACCCAGGCGCUAUGUUGUCACUAUCGCUCGCGUCGCUGCUGCGUGGCCAUUGCGUGGGGGCGCAUGGAUUAAUUUGAUCAAUUUCAUGUAAAAGUAGCAAAAUCAUUAUUAUUGUUGGCUUUAUUGUCAACCUCGUACCCUGGGUCGCACAACUUGCAUGUUAGACUAAUUUUUGAUUUAGGCAAAAAAAAGUAAAUUCCCGUAAAGAACUUGUUAAAAUUAGUAAAAUUGCAAAAUUUGGUUGCGAAAUGUUGUAAAAUACAGAAAAUAUAGCCUUGCGAAGUUUGCAUAUUUUCAGUAUAUUUAUAUUACGUGCGGAAAUUGUUACCAUUUUUGAGCCGAAAAUGGUAACAAUUUCCGCACGUAAUACAAAUAUACUGAAAAUAUGCUAUAUAAGGCUAUAUUAUAAUAUAUAUAUUCUUUUUAACUAUUGUGUUUUAUUUCCUCCUCUUUACUUAGAUUAAAAUUUCGUCUAACAUGCAAGUUGUCCAUACUCAAUAAGACAAAAUACUAGAAAUACACUGAACGCCGGCUUGUGUUGCGCGUCAACUCAAGUGUUACCAUAGCAACACGAUUAUUUUUAAAUUUUAAAGAAUUUUUAUAUUUUUUGUAUGAAAUUGCAAAAAUAGUUGAAAGUUUAGUACUUUUAACUAUACAACAAUUCAGUUCCGAAAUAUAUACUGUAGGUAGGCCUAUGUUAUUUUGCAUUUUGUGAGCUUUGAUUUAAUAGUUGUAAAAUUUACUCUAAAACGUUUCGUAUAAUGUUUUGAAAUUGAUGUUCAUUCAACUAAACUGCGUUUGCCGAUAAACUGUUUUUAAGUUAACAAAACAAAACAAGUUCAAAUUAUUGAGUAUAAUUUCAGUUCGGUGUUGAAAUUAAUUUACUCUCCUUUACAUUUUUCUUAAACUGAACAGGGUAAUUUAGGAAACUACAUGCGACUACUGGUUGAAAAAGAAGCAGUGCAUUGACAGCCAUUGUAUUACGCAAAAAAUUAAAGCAACAAAAUUCAUAAAAAUUGAACAUUCAAAGCAAGCUUGCCCUAUAGGCCUAUAUUUCACGAUUUAUAUAUAUAUACAUACAUACAUACAUAUAUCAUCUGCUGUCUAUACUUCUGUAUAUGUUCAAUUCCUCAGGAGAAGUCGUUAUACUAAUCGUUCAAUAAUAGAGCUCAUCUAUUUUAUCAGCCUGAUAUUUAUAUUUGCUGCGAAUGUAUUAUUCUUUUUCUUAGGAAUAUGUUUAAACACCUUGGUCAUACUCAGUUUCUCGAGAUCUGCACAACUUCGAAAGAAAUUAUGUUAUUUCAUGAUAAUGGUUUUGUCCUAUUGCGACUUGCUUGUGGUUUUAAGUUGUCCGUAUCGCGAUGUUAUGGUUGAUUAGAUAGUGUCAACUUUCCAGUCAACCAUAACAUCGCGAUACGAGCCAUAUACACACAUUUUCAUUGCUUUUCUUCACUCGCUCGUUUGGUGAUAAAUUUUGGUCGACAUUUGGCGACAUCUUAUCUUAUCUUUCAUGGAACGUCGAUAACAAAGGGAAGACGUUUAACUCUUCUUACAAUACUGAUUAUUGUUAUAUCCUUAUACUUUCGCACUUAUGUCUAAACGACUUUUUUAUUUCCUAUGAAGUCGGUCUUCUAAUAAUUGCAUGUACAUUAUUCUCCUUCCCCGAAUGGUGUUCAUCAACUACAAGUUGUUCACAAUUGCCAGGAAAAGUCGCAGAAACAACGGAAUAUCCCCGGAGAUGAAAAAUCGUUUAUUUGAAAACUGAAACUUUAUCGACUUGCUUGCCAGCAGUCGAUUGUUUUGUGGUGCAUGCUAUCCAUUCCAGUGUUUAUAUCUUCCUUGGACAAAAAAUUGGGCCGUGAAAGAGAACGAACUUACUCUGAAUAAUGCAAAUGUUGCAGGACUCUGGUCUCACACUACAGUCUCGAUGAACGGUAUUUAACUGCUUAAUCUGUUACUGGAAAGACAAGAUCAUAAGCACCAAAGGAAUGAAAAUUAUUAAAGGCCUGAAAAUAUGAAGAACGAAGAGUCCAAUCCUAUAUGGUCUGCAUGACCAUGCAUAGUCAGCAAAGCAAAAAAAAAACCAGGAAAAAGAAGAACAAAGAAAAAUAUAUUGGAGUUUGAAGAAGUAAAGACAACAGUAAAAUUAAUCCAAUUUUUAAAAUGUGACGUCGACAGUAAAAUUAAUUUUUUGAAAAAUCUUCCACAAGAUAUUAUUUCCUUUACACCUACAGAAUUUCAGAAACUUCGACCAAAGGAAAUUUUAAUAAAUUCAUUUGUAGUCCAAAAUUUAAUCUUUGUCUGCUGUCGCUUAGUUGAAGUAAAAAGAUUACGCAAGCGUUUCUAGACUUCGGAAAAAUAUCUACAUUUCACAUAAAUAUCUUUCGCUGCUGUUUUUUACAAAUGUAUAUAUAGGAAACCACAUUAAAAUGAAAAGUGUCGAAGGCCGCAAAACUACACCAUUAAUGAGUACUCUUUAUCGGUGCACUGCACGAACCGGGAAGAACAGUUUAGAGCUGAUGUAGAAAACUGUAUAAUGACGAACGUGGUUAAACGCCUCUUCGUCAAAAUAAAGCUUAUAGGUUCGCUCAUGUUGUAACUGCAAUGGAGCAAUAAAGAGUUAUAUUUCAUUACAAUCCUCCAAAAAAAGCCCGGCGUACGCCUAUGUUUCUUUCGAUGUGUUUAGUAAUUUUUAAUUUUCUAUCAAAUUAAGAGAACAAAUCAGAAAUACAUAUAAUCUGCUGUUAUGAACUGCAAUUGUGUGAUCAUAAUAAAAUAAUAAAGACAAAUGCCUCAGUUGGAAAUACCAGACAAAUAGAUAAUGGCAUUAAAUUAUACACAAGAGUCAAGACUAUAUAAUUAUGAGACUUCAACAAAAACAAAAAUUGAACUUGUAUUAUUAAGACUGGCUAAAAAUAAAAUGUGUAAGGUGGUGUUUGUUUAUUUGGAGCCCUUUAAUGCACCCACAAAAAUGCGGCUAUAACGUCCUGAAAUUACUUUUACCAUAGAACGGCAACGAAAAACUCAUGCAUGGAUUUGGAAUAAAUUAGUGAAUAUAUUAGCACACGUUAUUUUACAUUUAUAUCACUCAUGUGCAAACUGUUUAACUCAAUUUCUGAACUCGUAACUCGAUUUCUCGAACUCGUAUAAAAUAUAAGAAGACCCGCCUGCAUGUGUUAUGAUAUACAUAGAUUCGAGGUUGGUUGUAGGCUACGAUGAUAUAUAUACGAAAGAAGAGAAUGGGUUGAAAAAUUAUUGUGUUACCAUAACGACAACUUGAUGUCAGUUUGACCAUUUGACACAAGCAUAGACUCCUCCGCAGGCAUCCGCAUGUACUAGGGUUAUAAUUAAUGAUCGGGAAAUAAAUUAGAAUUUUUUCGAACGCAAACCCUAUACUAUAGAGACGCCUCAUGCGGAGAAGGCUAUAACACGUUCAGUCAUUUUAUUGCCGGGUAAUUAAGAAUACUUCGUGCUGAAAUUAUGUUUGCAGGUUAAAAACGCGAGCGGUUGCUGCUUGCAUGCAUGAAUUUCUAAUAACUGACUAAUUUACCAUCUCAGGAGUCUUUUUUCUGCAGUCCCACUAAUUUAUAUAUAUGGUUUAGGUGAUCGCGCAAUCCGAAAAAACAUACACUUCAUGCAUGUGAGUUUUUCAAAGACUUCAAAUUGCACUCGUUCAAUUUUGAUCGUAUGUGAAAAACUCACUCGUGCAGGUUUUUCCCAAAUUGCACUCGAAACCAUAUACCUACACAUUACCUAUACAAAUACGUAGUUAUGUACACUAUAUAUUUUCUUCUGUAAAGGUUUCGUUUGGUGCAAGUGCUACAUGGAUAACACAGGUAAUAGAAACGUUUCUGCUUAUUUCUAUACACAGGCUCUUCUCUUUAUAAUUCAGAACAAAAGAAUUAAGUAUGGGGUUUUCUAUUUUCCCAUUGUUUCAUUUGAGACAAUUUGUACAGGCGAUUGCAUUGUCCUUGAAAAAUUCCUUCAAAACAAUCGCCUGAAGAUUGUGGGGAAAGAGAUAUGAAACGUUAAAUAUACUGUAUACUUACACAAAUUCCUAAAAUUACACGCCGUGUAAUGAAUAUGAUGUAAUCGGUCACUGAAAAGUCCCGUUGGGGAGUGAGCUGAAUAAUAUGUGUAUAGGAAUACUACAUGUUCUAAAUACUAUAUGUUCUUAUAAAAUAUAAUAGUUUUGUUUGAGGAAACACCACAUAAAUUUAUUACUGCAAUAAUAAAUUAAUAAUAAUUUGUGGAAACACUACGUAAAUUUAUUACUGCAGUAAUAAAUUUACGUGGUGUUUCCACAAACAAAACUAUUAAUACUACAUGUACUGUAAUUUUUUUAGAUUAAAGGUCAGAGUCAAAUCAUACUUACUGCAACCGCUCCCUGUGAUAGAAUAUGUAAAAAGAUGUCUGCUACAUUAAAACCUGGGGAGACAAGUAAGUUGAUAUAAUUACACACAUAGACAAUACUCGUUCCUUAUAUUAUUGUUCAUGCAUUAAUGUUCAAUACCAUGCACACUGUUAAUUCAAAAGAGUCCAAAAGACGACAAAGCACGUGCAUAAAGCCGGGUAUAGUGCAGAUAAGUUGAUUAUUUUAAGGCGAAUAUUAAGAAGAGAAAGAGUACAAAAAGAGAUUCUGGAUUUGAGAAAUCUACAAAGAAAAGAAAUCUGAGUAAUCUCAUUGGUUUAUUCCAACCACGCGUGAGUUAACGAUCGCGCGCGUUCGCCUGGAAAGUUGAAAACAUUUCAACUUCAGUUUAUAAAAUAACAUGUAUAUAACGCGUGCUCUGAUUGGUCGAAAUCCGUGUUUGGAUUCAGGCCAUCCAAACACGAAAGGCUAUCGUGUUGUUGUCAUUUUAUAAAACAAUUACUUUAUGGUUUCCGUGUUUGGAUGGCCUGAUCCAAACACUUGGGAAUGUUGCUCGAGUUAAGAAAAGCGCGCAAAAUCACUCGCCUUUGGCUCGUGUUUCGCGCGCUUUUCUUUACUCUCGCAACAUUCCCGCGUGUUUGGAUCAGGCCAUCCAAACACGGAAACCAUAAAGUAAUUGUAUAAUCGUGUCCAUGAACGAGCACCAGGGCGGACGUAAACUCUCACACAGGAAACCUAUGCUGCGCAUGCCCAAACGAGAUCGCUUCGCCCGCGCGGGCAAAGGGGUCGUGAUGGAAAACAGCCUUUAUGAUCACACACAAUAAAAAUUUGGACACUAUAAAAGAUAUACUGUUGUUUUGGAUAAUGUUGAGAAAAUAGAUGCAAAUAUAUUAUAUCAUGAAUAUAUUUUUUAACCCUAAAUAUCAUUAAUUGAAGGAUUCGUUUUAUCUUAACGAGGGAUAUUAUAUAAAAUUAACUAACGGUAAUUAAUAAUUAUCAUGUAUUCAUAUUAAUUAAUAACAAUUCAGACAAGUCUCGUUGUAUAAUUUUUCACAUUAAUUAAUAACAAUUCAGACAUAAGUCUCGCUGUAUAAUUACAAUGCAGUUCUAAAAAAAACAAGCGCUCGCUCUGUAAAAAUGAUAACUGAUGAUUCCUGUUUACGAACUGGAAUGCAACGUCAUAUACACCUAGACGUAUAAUAAUUAUCCAUGCAUCUUAAUUAUAUCUACCAUUUGGGUCCUGUUUAAAUACCAUGCAGUCGUUAAUAAUAGUACACGGUUGUUAUUAUCAAGAAAAUCAAUUUAAGUGUAAUGAAUUCUUUUUAGUGGUUUUUGUCAACCGACUUUGGAAUUUUAAAAGAAGACCUCAUCCUGGGCAGGUGUCGAUCAGUCUAGCUGCAACUGUGGGCUGGGAUCAAAUCUAA